AUGGGCCUAUUCUCGGGGAAGACGAUCCGCUGGAACCACUUUGGGAAGAAAUACAAUCUCCGUCUCUCCGAAUACGAGUGGGACUACUCGGAUAUUUAUGACGCGCUCCUGAAGAAAAUCCACGAGCAACGCCACGACUUCGAAGGGACACUGGCCUACAUUGAUGGAUACGGUAGACAGGCGAUAAUCCGCGACGACAAAUCCCUCCGCGACGCCCUCACCGAAAGCAAGGGAAAACUGAAGCUGCACACCACCCUCCCCGAAAACGCCGUCAUCUCGGCUGCUGAUAUUGCCGGAAGGCCGGCCAGGUCGCAGAGCGUCCCGCCGUCUUCGCUUGCCCACAGGGAGUCGCCGCCUUCGAGAAACAGGUCGACGUCCCCACAGGAAGGCAUCGUCCAAAUCCCCCCAUCCACGAUUCCGCCCCUCGAAAAGGGCGGUCCACUGCAGCCGUGGCCAGUUGAUGCGCCGCCCCCUCCCGGCUACUACAAGGUGACCACCUAUCCGACCAUGUACAGCCAGAAUCUGCUAUACGGAAUGCCGCCUCACAACGGAAUGCUGUGGCGUUUCCUGGCUUCUCCAUUCCCAUUUGGACACGGAAAGACGUGGAUGGGACCGAAUAAGUACCACAGCUUCGGCAACUACCACGGCUUCUACCCGGGAUAUGGAGGGGGAAGGUAUAUGCACAGCAGCUCGUGGGGCCCGAUUUUC